CAGGCAUUACACCACUGGCGUCCAAGGCAUUGGCUUUCUGGCCUUCGUCUUCGUUUCGCGCGUCAUCAGCAUGUCUCGUCCGCCCCCCAACCCAGCUCUCUUGGCCCCACCUCGAUGGAUGGGCCUCCUCCUCAUAUUCACGUUGUGCACCGCAGUCUGGUUCAUGCUGUACUCAGACCCUUUGCAGAGCUUCCACUUCACACAACCCGUGACGGACGUACUUGAGACGUUUCCCCUCUGGAUUCUGGUUUCGCUGGGCGCGUAUGCGCUUGGAAGUAUAGGUCUCAGCCUCAUGUGUUUUAAUACGUGUCCUGAGGCUGUUGUAGCGCUCUCCGAGGAUAUAAGACAGGCAAAGGCGGAUCUAUGGGAAAAAGGCUUCGAUACAGACCAUUGAGAGGUCGCCUGGCUUAAUGCGUAGCAACGCAGGGUACAUGAGGACAUCACAUCCAAACAAACGCGCAUAUCAUGAGAUG